AUGAGGUCAAGACGAGCACCCUUCGUUCCUCUCAGUGACCCUGAUGAACGGACGUGUCCAGCCUGUGACCGAGAAUUUGAUACGUCACAGGGCUUAAUGGCUCACCUAUCGACAGCGAAGUCUUGCCUGUGGUAUAGGAAGGGCAAGAAUAAGGACCUCUGGUCCAAUCUUCCGAACGUUGAGGAGCGAAUGGUUGAGGAACAGGCUCUGUCCAGUGCCGAAGACAUGGAGGUCGACCCGCAGGAGAAUAUCUGGGACGCGUUGGAGAACAGAGACCUGUUCAGGUUUGUUCUACCUGACGCCGGAACACAACCCGCAACACAGGAUGAGAACCAGGCUUCGUCCUCUACGCACCCAGCUGUUCUGCCCGAUCCGCGAGUCGUUCAAGCUCCAGCAUUGGACGACGAUGAGGACGACAGGGUUGAAGAAGAGGACUCUCUUGCGGGAAAGGUCAUCCGAAUGGACGCCACCAUUGUACAGACAUGGAAAGCAUUCUUCACGGACGAUCUAGAAGACGACACAUCGGACACGGACCAAAUGGAGGUGGACAGCGAGGAUGGCAGGCCGAGAGGGAGGGAUAGGAGCGAGGUGUGGAAGCCUUUUGCCUCAGAGCUGGACUGGAGGGUGGCCAUGUGGGUUGUUCGUGAGGACGUAGGGCAGAAGUCUAUUAACAGAUUUCUCUCAAUACCAGGAGUUGUAGAAAAGCUGGGACUGACCUUCAAGGAUGUACGGGAGCUUUUGCUGAAGGUUGACGAUAUCCCGGACAGGGCUGCGUGGAAGACAGCUUCGUUGAGCUUUCCCGAUCGACCAGACGAGAUUCACCUUGUACGCUACCGUGACAUCUUGCAGGCCAUCAAGGCCCUCCUCGGUAAUCCUACUUACGCCAAACAUAUCGUAUACCGUCCAAGACAAGUGUUCUCGGAUCGUUCAAAGCAGAAGAGAGUCUACACGGAGAUGUGGACCGGCCUGUGG